CUUUGAAAAUUAAAGGUUAUGCGUGAGUAGUCAAUUCCAAAAUACCUAGCAGAGUGUACUUAAAUAUCUAGUUAGUUGUAAACGUGAAAGUAAAUUUGUCAAUGGUUCAAAGAGAUAACUGUGCAAAGUUGGGAUGUCUUAUGUGUACAUAUAUGUGUUUGCCUUUUGUUCAGUGCCUUUUAUAAUAGAUGGAGCUAAUUUUCCCGCACUAUACAGCAGUAGCUUGAUUACAAUGACAGCAACACCUCUGAUUCAAACAUUUGUCUCGCAUCCGGGCUAUGAUGGGCAUAUCCGAUAUCCUGACGGGAACUAUACACAGGACUGGUACAUAAGAACAAACUGGAUUAACCAUACCAUAAAAAUAAACUUUGCUACUUGUUUCAUAGAAAAUUCAAAAGGAGUAUGUUUGUUUGAUUAUCUUUUCGUGUUUGAUGGGGCAAAUUCCAGUAGUCCUGAAAUGAUGAAAACCUGUUGUGGAAAAACACACAGCGCAACUUUAGAAAGUUCCGCUGGAGAGAUGUAUAUCUUGUUUGAGACUGACAACACUGUGGGGGAUACUGGUUUUGAGAUAGAAUACUGGUCUAAUGGCAUCACAACGACAACUUCGACAACUACAGUGGCUCCUUUUACAGUUGACGUCAGUGACCAAGAAACAGGUCUGACUAAAGGAGAAAUUGCUGGAAUUGUAGUUGGAUGCAUUGCCGCUGUUGCGUUAAUUGCAGUUGUCAGCUGUAUUGUUAUUUGGAAAUGCGCUACCAAAAAAUCAUCAACAGAAACAAAUUAAAAUGAUGUAUACUCCAUUUUACACAGAUAUCAGCUGAAGAAAGAAAGACUUGAAAUACUUUAAGAUCUACAGAUAAUUUAAAGACUAAUAACAAUAUGUUAUCCUUUUCUUUUCUUUUCAUUUUUAUAAUUAUAACUACUGACCAUUAUCAUUAUUACUAGAAGUAUGAUUCUAGCAAAUGGUCCGAAAACACAGUUAUCUUCCUUUGAUUUUCCUUGUCUACAAAUAUAGUCCCUUCUGUGAACAGUGUAUUAGUUGCAAUUUUUUUCAUGCCCUUCCAAAUUUACUUCUUCAUGUUUUAUGCCUCAAAUAGCAAGUAGGGGGAUGAAAUUACACGGUAAAAUAAUUUGGGUCAUGCAUUUUAAGUAAAGUAGUGAUUUGGUCCAGCUCAAAAAGGUUAGAAAUUAGUAUGUCUGAAACUGUCAAAAGAAUUCAAGACCCCUUAACAUAAAAUUGUCCAUAUUUUGAGUUACAGCUGAUGAAGUUUUCUAUAAUUUAGAUAUAAUUUGUCACAAAAGUAGUACACCAUACUGUAAAAAAUCAGAGAAAGAGCAGGUGGGUUUUUAAAUAUUUUCAUCAAUUGUCUAAAAGAAAUGCACUACAAAAUAACUGUUCUCGGGCCAAGUCAAGACUACAAACUUCACUAUAAAACUUCAUAAUUUAGUUAUUUUACUGAUAAAUGAUGUUUAAUCAUUUUCUGGAUUAUGGUAUUUUAUUGAAAUAUUUCAUACUAUAUUGGUAAUGAUAAAACAGGUGAUUAGACAAUAGUCAUUAUUUGGACCAUAAAAUUGCAAACAUAAUAAUUUAUU